CCCCUGUACGACCCAGAUGCCACCAUCGUCCUCAUCGGCAUGCGCGGCGUCGGCAAGACGACCCUGGGCCUCAUCGCCGCGACGUCGCUCCGCCGCAGCUUCAUCGACGCCGACUCUGCGUUCCAGACCCUCCACGGCCCAAUCUCGCAGUUCGUCAACACGCACGGCUGGUCCGCCUUCCGUGACGCCGAGACGCGCAUCCUCGCCCAGCUCCUGCGCGAGCACCCGCGCGGCUACGUCGUCGCGUGCGGCGGCGGCGUCGUCGAGCGCGACGAGAACCGCGAGCUCCUCGCCAGGUUCCGCGACGACCAAGGGUGCCCGAUCGUGCACGUCGUGCGCGACAAGGAGGAGACGGUGCGGUACCUC